UUUUGGCCUUGACUCACUAAUAAUUUCUUCCCAGCCUUCAAAUACCCCCGAUCUGCUCCGCCAACUUUCUGUCCCUCCAUCCACACUCCCCACCAACAAUCAUGUGCCCUCCCAUCGAAGAGAAGCCUGCCAAUGGCGCCAAUGGCGGUGCAAACACAACCAAUGGUACUAAUGGCAGCCACCCAGGCUAUUCCGCUAUCCAGAGCUCCCAUAACCCCCAUCCUCACCACAAGAGUCCGUACCAGCCCGUAGGCGAUUUCUUGUCCAAUGUCAGUCGGUUCAAGAUCAUUGAGUCGACGCUGCGUGAGGGCGAGCAGUUCGCAAAUGCCUACUUUGACCUGGAGGCGAAGAUCAAGAUUGCCAAGGCGCUCGAUGAUUUUGGUGUUGAUUAUAUUGAACUCACCAGCCCCGCUGCGAGCGAGCAAUCACGACUGGAUUGCGAGGCCAUCUGCAAGCUCGGAUUGAAGGCUAAGAUCCUCACGCAUGUGAGGUGCCACCUUGAGGAUGCUAAGAUCGCCGUCGAGACUGGCGUAGAUGGUCUUGAUGUCGUUAUCGGAACGUCGAGCUACCUGAGGGAAUACUCACACGGCAAGGACAUGACCUACAUCAGGAACACAGCCAUUGAAGUCAUUGAGUUUGUCAAGUCCAAGGGCAAGGAAAUCCGCUUCUCCUCGGAGGAUUCCUUCCGGUCAGACCUGGUUGAUCUGCUCUCCAUUUACAGCGCCGUUGACAAGAUCGGCGUGAACCGUGUUGGUAUCGCUGAUACCGUGGGAUGCGCCAGCCCAAGACAGGUUUAUGACCUAGUCAGGACCCUAAGGGGUGUUGUCAGCUGCGACAUCGAGACGCACUUCCACAACGAUACUGGCUGCGCUAUUGCUAAUGCAUAUUGUGCGUUGGAAGCAGGCGCAACCCACAUUGAUACCUCAGUUCUGGGUAUUGGUGAGAGGAACGGCAUUACACCCCUCGGUGGCCUAAUGGCCCGUAUGAUGGCCGCCGACCGUGACUAUGUUCUCAGCAAGUACAAUCUCAAGAAGCUCAAAGACAUUGAGGACCUUGUUGCCGACUAUGUCGAAGUGAAUAUUCCUUUCAACAAUUACAUUACCGGUUUCUGUGCGUUUACGCACAAGGCCGGUAUCCACGCUAAAGCGAUUCUUAACAACCCAUCUACCUAUGAAAUCAUCAACCCAGCCGAUUUUGGCAUGUCCCGCUAUGUCCAUUUCGCGAGCAGGUUAACUGGCUGGAAUGCCAUCAAGAGCCGUGCUGACCAGCUCGGCUUGAAGAUGACCGACGCACAAUAUAAGGCUGUGACCGCCAAGAUUAAAGCCCUUGCAGAUAUCAGAAAGAUCGCCAUUGAUGAUACGGACUCGAUUAUCCGAGCGUUCCACUUCAACCUCCAUAAUGAGGACGAGAGGCCCCUUCUCGAGGGGUUGACUGCCGAAGAGCAGGAGAAGUUCUUGGCGGCGGAGAGGGAGCUUAGUGGUGAAAAAGAGAAGCGCCAGCUGGACGAAACAGCAGAUGCAGAGGCUGAGGUGCCAGUGGCUAAGAAGUCGAAGACAGCGACCGUUGCAUAGAGAACCAGCCAUCUGUGAUGCUGAGUCACCUGGAGUUCCGUGCUUUUGGUUCAUUCAUUCUCGGAUUGGGGUUCGGUCAUCUAUUGCAUAUUCCGGCCACGGAAAAGUCAUUUCCUUUGAUACCUCAUCCUCACCAUGCCUGAUCAAUAGGUUUGUGCAGAUAGAAGAACGUCAAAAGUUCUCAUUGGUCAGUAAUGAAGGCCAUGCAACAAUACACCUG